AUGUCACUGUGCAAGCGGAUGGUGUUUGCGAGCUGUGUCAAUGACGAAUUUCGGGAUGACAUGAAUAGCAGCGAAUUCAAGGCAUUCAGGGUGGUGCUGGUUCUCAUGACUCUCUGUCGGGCACUCAUCACCCUCGAGGUUCUUUCGGGUAUUUCACUGAUCCGCGGACCUGUUUUGUUAUUGUUCAUUGUUGAAGGACUGCCGCUCGCUAGUCCUGUCAAAGAACCACAAGUGCCAGGGUAA